AUGCUGCUUCCUUCAACUCUUUUUCUCUCUUCCUCCAACUCUCUCACUUUCUUCCUUCCAGCAACUCUCCCCCUUUCUCUAUUCCUGCAACUCUUUCUCAUUUUCUCCAUUUCUGUAACUCUCUCUCUCUCCCUUCAACUGUCUCUCUCUUCCUAUUCCUGCAAAUAUUUCUCUUCUUUCCUUCCUGCAAAUCUCUCUCUCUCCUUGCAACUCUCUCUCUCUCUCUUCCUUCCUUUCUUCCUCCAACUCUCUCUCUCUUCCUUCCUUUCUUCCUCUUCCUUCCUUUCUUCCUCCAACUCUCUCUCUUCCUUCCUUUCUUCCUCCAACUCUCUCUCUCUUCCUUCCUUUCUUCCUCCAACUCUCUCUCUUCCUUCCUUUCUUCCUCCAACUCUCUCUCUUCCUUCCUUUCUUCCUCCAACUCUCUCUCUCUUCCUUCCUUUCUUCCUCCAACUCUCUCUCUCUUCCUUCCUUUCUUCCUCCAACUCUCUCUCUCUCUCUUCCUUCCUUUCUUCCUCCAACUCUCUCUUCCUUCCUUUCUUCCUCCAACUCUCUCUCUCUCUCUUUCCUUCCUUUCUUCCUCCAACUCUCUCUCUCUCUCUUCCUUCCUUUCUUCCUCCAACUCUCUCUCUCUCUUCCUUCCUUUCUUCCUCCAACUCUCUCUCUCUCUCUUCCUUCCUUUCUUCCUCCAACUCUCUCUCUCUCUCUUCCUUCCUUUCUUCCUCCAACUCUCUCUCUCUCUCUCCUUCAACUUUCUUCCUCCUUCUCUCACUCUCUCUCCCUUCCUUCAACACUCUCUCUCCCUUCCUUCAACACUCUCUCUACCUUCCUUCCUGCAACUCUCUCUCUCUCCCUUCCUUCCUGCAACUCUCUCUCUCACCCUUCCUUCCUGCAACUCUCUCUCUCACCCUUCCUUCAACUCUCUCUCCCUUUCUGCACCUCUUUCACUCUUCUCUUCUUGCUAAUCUCUCUCUCUCUCUCCUCUCUUCCUGCAAAUCUCUCUCUCUCUCUCUUUUACUAUCUACCUUCCAGCAACAUUCUCUCUCUCUUUCUACCUUCCAGCAACUCCCUCUCUUUCUCUCUCUCUCUUUUCACAAUCCUCUCCUCAAGUCUUUCUUGCUCUGUCACUUUCUUUUAAAUUUUUAA